ACGAUAGGCCCCCCAGACGUGCUCUGGAUGAUGAUAGACCCCCCAGACGUGCUCUGGAUGAGGACCGGGGCAGCUGGCGAGCUGCAGAUGAUGACAGGGGUCCCCGGCGCGGUGGGAUGGAUGAUGACAGAGGCCCCAGGCGUGGGAUGGACGACGACAGGGGACCGUGGCGCAAUGCCGACGAUGACAGGCUCUCCAGGCGAGAUGAUGACAGGGGUCCGUGGCGUAGUGGUGAUGAUUCAAGGCCAGGACCUUGGAGACCAUUUGGUAAACCAGGGGGGUGGAGAGAACGAGAGAAGGCUCGUGAGGACAGCUGGGGCCCUCCACGAGACUCCAGACCUCCGGGAGACCGGGAAUGGGACAGGGACAAAGACCGGGAUGAAAAUGAGAAAGAUCGGGAAUUCGACAGAGAGAGAGAUUUUGAUCGAGACGAUCGCUUCAGGCGUCCCAGGGAUGAUGCUGGUUGGAGAAGAGGACCAGCUGAGGAAACUUCUAGCUGGAGAGAUUCAAGUCGUCGUGAAGAAUGGGACAGAGGUGGUCGCGAUAUGAGGGAUCGACGUCCUGAUGACAGAGAGCCACCGCUGAGACGGGGACCACCGCUCAGAGCCGACCGCGAGGAGCCGAGCUCGUGGCGCCGUGCUGAUGACAAGAGGGAAGAACGUGGGGAAGAACGCGAACCAGUUCGGCGAUCAGCCCCUGCUCCUGCUGCUCCUCCUGCUGCUGCUCCCCCACCAGCAUCCAAAGAGCGAGAAAGGGAUGGGGAGAAGGAGAAAGGCUCCUGGAAGACAGAGAAGGAGCGUGAGCCCGUACGCCGUGUCAAAAAUGAGACAGAUGAAGAAGGGUGGACCACUGUACGACGUUAAGUGGAAAUCACAGAGUUUAACCAAUGUUUUAGCUUUGAUUUGAUGGAAUCCACAGAUUAUAUUUGUGCUUAUAAACAUUCUGAAUUGGAAUUCUUUAACCAAUGUUUUGAGGUAACAUGAAAGCAUGAGCUUGAAUUACUUACUCAUAUAGAUUGGUCAUGCACAAAACUCACAGCAGAAGGUUGGAAAUUGAAUGCCAUUUUUUUGAAAUUUGAAAUGAUGCUUAUUUCAUGGGUCAUUUGUUGCUAAAAUAAAAAGAAGCAAGCCCAACAGCUGUACUUCAGUACUGCUUCUGUCUCGCACCCAAACAGGCUGCCCUUUUUAUUUUUAGCCUUUCUUAAUUUGGAAUGGGGUAUUAUCGUCACAGAACAUGCAUUUGAAAACACCUCUGUUCACACAGUGGAAUUACUGAAAAAGAGCUAAAUGAAUUUGCUUAAUU